AUGAAUUGGCUAAAUAUUUUAACCAUUAACAGAACAAAGAUGGUGAUAGGAUGUGGUUCCAUCGCGCAGGUGGUGCUCAGCAAAGAGACAGCUGGUGGCUUCCUCACUGUUAACUUUGGAUGGUGGCUCGGUGUCAUGUUAGGAGUCUACGUAUGCGGGGGCGUAUCCGGUGGACACAUCAACCCAGCCAUAACGCUGGCCAUGGCAAUAUUGGGCAGGACGCCAUGGCACAAGGUUUGCUUCUACUGGACGGGCCAGUACCUUGGUGCGAUCACAGGCGCCGCCGUUGUCUACGGAGUCUACUUUGAUGCACUCAACGAUUUCGAUGGUGGUGUGCGGCAGAUUGACGGAGCGCAAGGAACAGCCGGCAUCUUUGGCACUUACCCAAAACCAUUCCUCAGCUGGCAGUCUGGUUUUGGUGAUCAGGUAAUGGUCUGGUUGCGAUUGAAGACGCACCCUGCUAAACGGGAAUCACUCAUACCGUGA